AUGAAUCGGACUACGCUAAUAUUAUUUUUCAUUAUACUCAGUAAUACAAUUACUGUUAUACACGGUUAUGUUCGUGGAUGUUACUACACUAACUGGGCUCAGUAUCGAGAUGGAGAAGGUAAAUUCUUGCCUGGAAAUAUUCCAAAUGGACUAUGCACCCACAUUCUUUACGCAUUUGCUAAAGUCGAUGAAUUAGGUGAUUCAAAACCUUUUGAAUGGAACGAUGAAGAUACUGAAUGGUCGAAAGGAAUGUACUCGGCUGUGACGAAACUGAGAGAAACGAACCCAGGACUGAAAGUCCUUCUUUCCUAUGGUGGCUACAACUUUGGAUCAGCAAUUUUCACUGGAAUAGCAAAGUCGGCGCAAAAAACGGAACAUUUUAUUAAAUCAGCUAUAGCAUUUCUCCGUAAGAAUAAUUUUGAUGGAUUCGAUUUGGAUUGGGAAUAUCCAGUCGGUGUAGCUGAGGAACACGCUAAACUUGUUGAGGCAAUGAAAACAGCGUUUGUGGAAGAAGCCAAAACAUCUGGUAAGCAACGAUUACUUUUAACCGCUGCUGUAUCAGCCGGGAAGGGAACUAUUGACGGAAGUUACAAUGUGGAGUCUCUCGGAAAAAAUUUCGAUCUCCUAUUUCUAAUGUCAUACGAUUUACACGGUAGUUGGGAGAAGAACGUCGAUUUACACGGAAAAUUGCAUCCAACAAAGGGAGAAGUUUCCGGAGUUGGCAUAUUUAAUACUGAAUUUGCUGCGGACUAUUGGGCAAGUAAGGGUAUGCCGAAACAGAAAAUUAUCAUUGGAAUUCCGAUGUACGCUCGGGGAUGGACAUUAGAUAAUCCUUCGGAAACAGCGAUUGGAGCACCGGCUAGUCGUCCGUCGUCAGCAUCGAAAACAAAUCCUGCUGGUGGUACUGCAUCUUACUGGGAGAUAUGCAAAUAUCUGAAAGAAGGUGGCAAGGAAACGGUUCAUCAAGAAGGUGUCGGGGCAUACAUGGUAAAAGGAGACCAAUGGUAUGGUUAUGAUAACGAGGAAACUAUCAGAAUUAAAAUGAAAUGGCUUAAAGAGAAAGGAUAUGGUGGUGCCUUCAUAUGGGCUCUUGAUUUCGAUGAUUUCACGGGUAAAAGCUGUGGCAAAGGCCCUUAUCCAUUGUUAAAUGCUAUCAGCAGUGAGCUUGAAGGCGAGUCAGAAAACCCUGAAAUAACGACGGAAGAACCAAGCAUUACAGAAACUGAAGCAUAUGAUACUGAUGAAACUGAAGAAACUUCCGAAACUGAAGCGACAACGUAUGAUACUGAUGUAACCGAAGAAACUUCCGAAACUGAAGCGACAACGUAUGAUACUGAUGAAACUGAAGGUCAGGAAUGUCCAGAACGUGACGGUUUGUUCCCGCAUCCUACUGAUUGCCAUUUGUUUAUUCAAUGCGCAAAUAACAUUGCAUAUGUGAUGCAAUGUCCAGCGACUACUUUCUUCAAUGACGCAAUCAAAGUUUGCGAUCACAUGACGAAUGCGCCGGAUACAUGCAUCUAA